AUGUUGAGAAGUUCGAUGGGUUAUACGCCUCUUCAUUUGGCUAUGCAAUACGAACACGAAGAAAUAUUCGAUUUGUUGGUUCAAGUUUACGCGGCCGAUCAAAAUUUGAGAGAUUGGAGUGGGAAAAAACCGAGGCAGUAUCGGGCCAACAUGGACACUUCGGUAUCUGCUGACACGUUUAGAAAAAUCAAAGCGCGAAAAAAAUACGUAGAAAAAGAAUCCGGGUUUUUGAGAAUUGGUUCUCUGAAUGUUCGAGUGAAGAGGACGACGGAAGCGUUCAGUAAUUAUUUUCUAGGGGGUCAAAGCAGCGAUAAAUUGUUGAAGUCUUGGGGAUCCGCAGAUAACGUACACGAAAACGAUAAAAAAUUAAUGCAACCCCCCAAAUCGGGAGCUAUAAAAAAGAGAAAAUCAAAACGGGAAGUCGAUUACGCUCACAGCAGAAGCACUCCGACGACUCCUGUCCAGCACAGAUCGAGCACCAUAAGCGUGGGAAGCGUUGAAAAUUACGAACAACAGGAUUCGGAUUCUGAUACUGCUGCUGGAUUCGGUGCUCAGUGGCAGAGUAAAAUGUGA